AGCAAAUUGGAAAGACAUUCAGAAAUGACGGGCGGGGGUUGGUUAGGUCGGUUGUGUUACACUGUCACAUGUAUAUUUGCGAUAAAAGUAAUCGAAAAAUUAUAAUGAAAAAUAUUUUAUCAGUAAAAAUGUCACGAUAACGCAUGGUAUAUCACUUAUCUACGCGUGUAAGUUGUCAGAGUUCUCGUGUUAUAUCUUUUCAGUGCUAUGAUCGCAUCAUAACGCACGGUACAAGACACUUGAAACUAGUCGAUAUUAUGUGGCCGGAACGCGAGAACGACAAAAGAAUAUUACAAUUAUGAUGCCUAUGGUGUACACAGUAUAUGGUUUUGCCAUAUUUUUUAUGAUCGCGUGGAUUUGUUUGUGGCUAAUACACAUUAUGGCUCUGUCAUAUUCCAAGUGGAAAUUACAUCGGACUGUGGACCGGUCUCCGCCGGAACAACCGUACCUCGGCGUUUCUAUCUUGAAGCCGCUAUCUGGUGUCGACCCUAACCUGUUCUCUAACUUGGAAACGUUUUUUUCGUUAGACUAUCCAACAUACGAACUUCUAUUCUGUGUGGAAAACGACCAUGACCCGGCCGUGAUGCUCGUUAACAGCUUAAUGCACAAGUUUCCUCAAGUGGACGCGAAGUUAUUCGUCGGUGGAUUGAGAGUCGGUGUCAACCCUAAAAUUAACAAUAUGCAGCCGGCAUAUUUGGCGGCAAAAUAUCCCUUAAUACUAGUGAGUGAUUCCGGUAUACGUAUGCGAGAAGAUACACUUUUAGACAUGGUCCAGCAUAUGAAAGAAGACGUCGCCAUCGUACACCAGAUGCCAUUCUGUUGUGACGCUGACGGUUUCGCGUCUGUUUACGAGAAGGUCUACUUCGGGACGGCGCAGGCGCGAAUGUAUAUGAGUGCGGAUUUCCUGGGCAUCAAUUGUCAUGUGGGCAUGUCGUCCCUGGUGCGACGAUGUGCGCUGGAGGAGACGGGUGGGCUGGCAGCUUUCGGCGAAUACCUAGCGGAAGAUUACUUUAUGGCUAAAGCCGUCGUUUGCCGCGGCUGGCGAAUGCGGGUCGCGUCACUGCCUGCUCUCCAGAACACCGGUUCCAAGUCAGUGGGGGCGCUCCAAGCGCGUCUCAAGCGCUGGGCGCGACUUCGCAUAGCCAUGGUCCCGACGACAGCGCUGCUGGAACCUCUCAGCGAGUGCCUGCCGCUGGGAGCAGGCGCGGCGUGGGCCGCUGGUGAACUGUUCGGCGCGGAGCCGCUUCCGUUCUUCCUAGUGCAUGUGUUAGUGUGGUUUCUAUCGGAUUGGUUGAUGUUGCGUACAGUGCAGAACGGCUCGCCGCCGUUCACAAAAGUUGAGUUUCUGCUGGGGUGGGUGUGGAGCGAGGUGUGCGCUCCGUUCGUACUGGCGGCCGCGUUGCUGAACCCCGAAAUCUCGUGGCGGACUCGCAGCUACCGGCUGGACUGGGGCGGCCGCGCCCACGAGCUCAAACCCAAACUCAAGUUCUGAGCGACAUCCCCUCCUUUUAUCGAAAGCUUUAAUUUGGUGUAUGUAGAUUACAUUAUGUGUAAUGAGUGUAUACCUUUCAAUGCACCGGAAUUUGAGUGUGUUUCUUAUAUUAGUAUUAAGUUUUGAUUUUAAAUAUUAAUAUUUAUAAUUUUGUAUUGAAUGGUGGAUACUUGUUAUUAUUGUUUUAGAGUUUUGUAUGUUUAUAGAUUAAAAGACAUGUCUGUAACAUUUUUUUCUGAUAGUUGAAUACGUGCCAUUCUUUGGUUGAACUCAUGAACAUAUAUAGUGAAUAGUUAUCAUUCUCAGAUAACCCAACAUGAUAGGAUCCCUCCCGUAAUGUACACAGAGAGUCAUGCCUCCUGGGAAAUAGUGAUUCAUUACUUUUGUACGCUGACCCGUUUUUAUGAGGGUGUGUUUGAAUUACUGAUGGCCAAGGUUAACUCAACCAUCGACAUACAACAGCUAAAUGUUUUAUGAUGUUAAAUCAUUAAAUUUUCAUUGGACUAUCGGGCAACAGUUGAAAAUAAUUAAAACUACUGUUACAAUUCUAAAUAACAAACAGGGUUCGUCUCUAAAAUAGCUUCAAGUUUUUUGUACAUUAUUGAAUUUUAUUUGUACCUUUGGACUGUGAGAUAAGUUACCAUUUAGGCCUGAAAUGGGACCAAGCGAGGUUAAUAAUUAUUUUGUAAUAAUGUUAAAGAAAUUGUGGUCGUUGAUUUUCAAUUGUAUUGAGAGAAAAGACUGUAAUUUUCUAUAGUAUGUCCAAAGGUACAUUUUGUUUUUUGAAUAUAGCAUGAUUUAUUUUUUGACAUUUUUUUUUUAUGUGCCAUGUAUUUUAAUUUGCUUCGGAUAUUUAAUGAAACUAAGCAGUGAACGCGCAAUAAUAAUCUAUAAAUGAAUGUGGGUGAAGUGAUGUCCUUUAAUAAAAUUAUCGUAAAAAUAUUUUACGGUUACGAAAAUAUGUCGAUACACACGAAGACACUUCAGACAUCACGAUAUAAGAAGUUGUAUUAUGAUAUUGGUUUUAUUUUAAGUAACAACCAACAAAUUUGUUCGUUGUUUAAUUUUUUAUUCAUGAUGGCGUGUAACUAAAAAAGCGCUUGGAAGGAAUCCGGUUUGCGAAAAAUUUAAAUCCAUCAUAGCUGAAUAAAUUGUACAACCGUAGGGAUUCCAUAUUUAAAGGUGACAUAUAUUCUAAAGUACAAUUUAUAAUAUGUACGUAUCUAAUCAUAUCGCGUGUAUGAUAAUAUUUAUCUAAAAGAACGCGUGUUAAAAAAAUUGUUAGUAUCUUAACUGUGUGAGGGCCGAGUGACGGCUUUUUACAUAAGCGGCUCCAUUACAUCACUGAAGGAAUUUUUUUUUUUUGCUGAAGAAAAUUGUUUUAUGUUCCAAAUUUAAAUAUCUUCUUUGGCGUGCAUUUUUUUUUCAUCGCCGAAUUUAAAAGUUAAUGCCGACCUAAAGUAAUUUGUCAAAAGAUCUGUGAAGUCAAUGAUGAAUAAAAAUGGGCGAAAAUAUAUGACGAGUUUCAUUUCAAUAUAAAUUUGACGGUCAAGAUGCUAAAGUCGCUAAUGUGAAAUCCCAUCACAUACCAGCUCAGUAUGAGGUUAAUCGUUAUUGAAAACUGACAAUUCUUUUUCUAAGUCAUUUGAAACUACAAUACAAUAUAAUCACUAUUAUGAAUCACACUAUAUAUAUUUCGAUUUUCUUUAACCAGAAACCUUGUACAUAUACAGUACGUAAUGCAAAAGCAAUGUUCAAUAAUAUGUUAGUUAAGAGACGCAUAAUAAAACAAUACUAUGAAUAGUUUAUAUAAUUACAGAGUUGUUUUGGGCCUGAUGGCACUGAUGUACCUGAUGACGUCGCGUACAAUAAAAUCCACGAUUGUCUGAUUGUUUGAA